GAAAACGGAGAUUUGUAAUUAGAGGGCACGUGCAGCUAGCAUCUACUGCUGUCGCGUCUGACGUUUCUCGAAUAGACAAGUCUAGGCGAAUUCAUGUUCAUGUGAGGGUCGGUUCGUUUUUUGAGGUGACUUUGUGUGCAUACGGUUAUUAGAAGGAGCUACAAGAAACCCAUCAGUUCUUGAUCAAAGAGGUCUGUCAUAGCCAGUCAUAUCAACCGUUGCAACUCCAACAAGAUGGAUUACAUGGCUGAUGCGACUCUACUCGUCGCCCCCGCGCCCGCUGGGAAUCGGAUUCUUUGCUGCGAAUGCGGAAUAGACAUCGAGCCAAAUCCUGCCAACAUGUGUAUCAACUGUCUCCGACUUCAAGUCGACAUCACAGAUGGUAUCCCUAAGCAAGGUGUACUCCAAUUCUGUAAGAGUUGUGAAAGAUAUCUUCAGCCCCCUGCUCAAUGGUCGGUCGCCUCGUUGGAGUCGCGCGAACUUUUAGCUAUUUGUCUGAAGAAGAUUAGAGGUCUGAAUCGGGUUCGUUUGGUCGACGCUGGCUUUAUUUGGACAGAACCGCAUUCAAAGCGAGUGAAAGUAAAACUCAGCGUUCAAAAGGAGGUUCUAGGUGGAGCUAUCGUUGAACAGGUUUUCGUCGUCGAGUUUACCGUCAACAGUCUGAUGUGUGAUUCAUGCCACCGAAGAGAAGCUAAGGACUUCUGGCGUGCCCUUGUACAGUGCCGGCAAAAGGUGGAACACAAGAAAACCCUAUUCUACAUGGAGCAGUUAAUUCUCAAGUACAAUGCACAUAGGGACGCGUUAAAUAUCAAGCUCGUUCAUGAAGGUAUCGAUUUCUACUUUGCAAAAAAGGACGAGGCUCGCAAACUUGUGCAAUUUUUCCAGACAAUGAUCCCGAUGAAGGUGAUUGAGUCGCAGCAGCUCAUAUCCCAUGACAUCCACUCGAACACGUUUAACUAUAAGACGACAUUUUCAGUUGACAUUGCGCCGGUUUGUAAAGGCGACGUUGUGUGCUUGCCAGCUCCACUGGCUAAGCAGCUAGGAAGCAUGAAUCAGAUUUGCGUCUGCCUUCGAGUAACGUCAUCUAUUCAUAUUAUCGAUCCAGCUACACUUCAGCUGGCAGAAGUCCCACAGCACCUGUUUUGGAAAACACCGUUUCGAGGCCUUUUUGCGCCGAAACAACUCGUUGAAUAUACUGUAAUGGAGACGGAACGAGUAUGCAGUGGCCAAAUGACCGUGAACGACCUCUGCCUCUACUGUACAGCCACCAACAGACCACAGGUUCAGGCCUCUAACCACACUGCACACCCAUCAUCAUCAUCAUCACCAGACCGCAUCAUCGCCUUCCGCAGAUCCGCGAGCGACUGGCGACUGGCGGCCGCUGGAGUUGGCGCCGCCUUUGCCUCGGCCGCGGAGCCGCCACGACGCGUUAUGCCUCUCCCACCAGCGUUCGCAGGCGCCUUCUUGACCGCCCUUUUGACGCCUGCCAGCGACAAUGAUGACGACGGCAUCGAUGUCGGAGGCGAUACCAGUGCAGCAGCAGCAGCAGCAGCAGCAGCAGCAGCAGCGUCGCUCCACCAAGGAGCUCCAACAUCGAGUUGUAGCAGUUAG